CUGAAGGGUUGAGCCGGUUUUGGCCAGCUUUUAGCUUGCUCUCUCUGUGUUUGGAAAACUUGAAACUCCUGAAGGCAUUUCACUUCAGGUUUCUCUGGGAUCUAAACAUGCAUGCAGAGGCUUUGUUGAACUCCGUUUUAGUCACUUCAGUUUUGAUUAUUCUCUCAGCUGUUCAAGACGGUUUAUCUCAAUCAUUGAGGACUGCGAGUGGAGCUUGCAGACUAUCAGCAGAAUCAUCUCAGAGACGGUGCAGGACUCCCGAUGGUCUGAUCUGCAGUGGCAGAGGAGAAUGUGACUGUGGGGUAUGCAUAUGUCAAGUGACUGACCCUGGGAAAUAUUAUGGGCCCCGCUGUGAAUGCCAUGACUGGGUCUGUGCAACAUAUGAUGGGAAGACCUGUGGUGGUCAUGGCACCUGUGACUGUGGAAAGUGUGUGUGUGAUGACAACUGGUUUGGGGAGGCCUGCCAGUACCAAGAAGACUGUAACAUUUCAAGAAGGAAAAGUAAAGAGUUAUGUAAGAAUCCUCAAGGAGUGGUUUGCUCUAAUGCAGGCUCCUGUCACUGCGGCAGCUGCAUGUGUAACAACCCGGAUGGCAAGGGUCUGAUUUAUGGUAAAUUCUGUGAGUGCGAUGACAGAGAGUGCCUGGACGAGGAAACCGGAGAGGUGUGUGGAGGCCAUGGAAAGUGUUACUGUGGAAACUGUUACUGUGCGGCUGGUUGGCAUGGAGAUAAAUGUGAAUUCCAGUGUGACAUCAGCCCAUGGGAGAGCAAAAGGAGAUGCACGUCUCCAGACGGCAAGAUCUGUAGCAACCGAGGAACCUGCGUCUGUGGUGAAUGCACAUGCUAUGAUGUGGACCCCACCGGUGACUGGGGAGAUAUUCAUGGCGAUACCUGUGAAUGUGAUGAGAGGAGCUGCCAUUCAACGUACAACAGAUAUGCAGAUGAUUUUUGCUCUGGUCAUGGACAAUGCAACUGUGGAAGGUGUGACUGUAAAGAAGGCUGGACAGGGAAGAAAUGCGAACAUCCACUCUCUUGUCAUCUCUCCUUGGAGGCCAGCCUCAAAAAAUGCCAAGGAAGUUCCAGCCUGCCUUGCUCCGGGAGAGGACAAUGUGUGUGCGGUCAGUGCACAUGCUUCCCACCGGGCGACCCAAGAGUUCAGGGAAAGAACUGCGAGUGUGAUGACCGACAGUGUGAGGACGUCAACGGGGAAAUCUGUGGGGGGCAUGGCUUCUGCUCCUGUGGCCGAUGCAUCUGCAGUGAUGGCUGGUUUGGUAAACUGUGCCAGUUUCCUCGGAGCUGCAACAUGACGGAUAAGGAGAGCAAGAGCCUCUGUGAAACGUCAGAUGGGGUCAUGUGUAAUGGGAAAGGUUCCUGUCACUGUGGGAAAUGUAUCUGUUCUCCCAGGGAAUGGUACAUAUCAGGAGAAUUCUGCGAAUGUGAUGACCGAGAGUGUGACAAACAAGAUGGGCUGAUCUGCACAGGAAACGGGGUGUGUAACUGCGGAAACUGUGACUGCUGGGAAGGGUGGACUGGGAAUGCGUGUGAGAUCUGGGUUGGAGCAGAGUACUAACAAAGCAAGGAUGCUUCAAAAGACUGAGUUGUAUUAUUAAAGGCUGCUGAAGUACAUAGAAAAGCAACAGAUGAGAAUCAUAGAAGAGAAAACUCAUUCAAAACCUGGAUAGAAUUCUUCAUUCUGGUUUCUGCAUAUCACUUGUGUAACAGCAUUCAAAAUACUGGUUACAAAUGAUCUUUAUUAAAACUAUAUUGUUGUAUUGAAGUAAAACAACCGUGGAAGCAAAAACGGUUAUCCUGUAUUUUUUUUCUUUUUUUAGCCGCAUUACCGUGUAACCCCUUUUCAGUACAACUAUAUGUAUGAAAAAAUAUUUAUAUUUAAGAUUCCUCACAUUUUCUAGAACUCUACACAAAAGAAGGUGGCAUAUCAUGAAGAGAAUCCAGACAAUGAAGAAAACAAAAACAGAGAAGCAUUUUUGUGUGGUGUGUGCAUUUGUAUGCUGUAUACAGUAUGUGUGCAAAGGUAAUAAAUUUAAGUUUUUUUGUCUACUUCUCAUUAUCCACCAACCAGACUCUAUUCAAACUGACCCAUUUCCUCUAUAUAUGUUGGUAUUAGAGUAUUAGCUAUUAUUUUAAUGAUACUGUGCUGAAUGGAACAGUACUUGCAUGGAAAUGGUGCAAAGUUAUUCCUGUCUUUGUUCCUGUAGUUUUAUAUUAUAAAAGUUUACCUUUGAAGGAAAUUCUGAAUAUAAGCCUUCAUAUACAAUACUAAAUUUUACUAUGUAUUUUUUUUCUUUCAGUGACUGUUAAAAUAUUUAAUUAACAGCACCACCUUGUCAAGAGGCUUCUAAGCACAUCGAACAGUAAAAAGAGUGACAGAUGAAAGAGUUUGUGGUAUUGAGCAAAUAUAAUCACAAAAUAUAAUCUAAAAUACAGAGAAAAAAGGAGAGAAUAUCAGACUAUGUUGUUCCAUAUCAGAAUGUAAUAAAUGUCACAUAUGAACAUGAGAACUGCACCCCAGAGCCUUUCUAUUUUAGUGAGUCUGCUUUGCCAAAGGCUACAUACAUUUCUCCUUGAAAUGUAGGUUCAGUGGGGAACACAAAAUAAAAGAGCUGGAGCUAAAAAAUUCAAUCUACUUUGGCCUUUUCAGAUGAUUUUGUAACUGUCAGUUUGCUAAUUAUUUUUAACUCCUUUGUAUGAUUGUUGAAAUACUGUACUCCAUAUUCAAUUGCAUUAAGUUUGUUACGGAUGUUACAGUACGCCUUUAUAUAAAUAUUUUAUUCAAUAUGUUGUAUUUGUGUAUACAACAAAUAAACACAAACUGUACAGUGCAGACAAACUCUUUGCAUAUAUGUAUGUAAAGUUAGCAGUACAUACCAACAGUUCUUAAAACACAUAGCCUACUACAUGCAGUUCAUCAAUGCCAUCCUCUUCCCAUGCAACAGAUGAGACAACAGACAAAUAAAAAGUUGUAACUGAAGCACAAAUAACAAAGACCCUCUUCUGCUAUAAUGUUUAAACAUGUUAGGAAAAACGGAAAAAAAAA